CUCAUCUCAGGUCCGACCGGUCAACUUGACGGCGGGACUGAUAAUCGGCGCGAAAAUUAUAUUUUAAAUUCUAAAUUUAAAAUCCGUCUUGGUUUUCCUAAACCAGUUUGUGUCAACCCUAUCUAGUUUUCCCAAUAAUUGCGUGUUUGAAAAUAUAUUUUUUAAAUUUGCAAUCUCGUUCCAAUUUUUGUAAAACAAGCCAGUAUUGUAUUUGUCUGUUAUCGUGCAGUGAGUUUCAAAUCGAUUUAUGGGUUCAUCGGCCUCUAGCGAGGUAACCAACGAACAUCAGCAGCUGACUGAAUCGAGCGAUUACAAACCAGGAUGGUCACUUUACUUGGUGCUAGCGGGGGUGUUCACAACCCUGGGCUCCUCCCUGCCCGUGGGGUACAACAUAGGGGUCGUUAACACACCAGCUGGGCUGAUAAAGGAGUUCUGCAACCAGAGCUUCAUCACCCGUUACGAUGUGGAGCUCGACGAGAGCUGGUUGGAGGUGCUCUGGGCUUCGGUCGUCUCCAUCUUCAUCGUCGGUGGCUGCACUGGCUCGAUACUGGGCUCUUUACUCGCGGACAACCUUGGCAGGAAGAAGGCGACUAUAGUGACGAGUCUACUUUCGAUCGUGGGUGCUGUGAUGUUCAUAACAUGUCGGGCCGCCAACUCUGUGGAGAUGCUAGUCCUUGGAAGGUUGCUGGUGGGGUUAGCUGGAGGCCUAACAACAAGCAUAGUGCCGAUGUAUUUAGCGGAGCUGGCCCCGCCGACCCUCACGGGGCCCAUGGGCGUGGCCUGCCCCAUGGGGGUCAACGUCGGCGUGCUCGUGGGGCAAGUCAUGGGGCUACGGUCCAUAUUGGGCGGUGACGACGUCUGGCCCUAUCUACUAUCCGUCUACGCGUUACUAGUCAUUUUUUGUUUACCUGUACUUUGUAUAUUGCCUGAGAGUCCCAAAUAUCUGUUUGUGGUUAUGAGGAAUGAAAAUAGUGCUAUAAAAGAAUUAAGUCGCCUCCGCGGGGUGUCACCCAGCAUGCUGUCUGACGACAUGGAGCUCUUGCGAGAGGAGUCGCGGGCAGCAGCUAGUGCGGGGGAGAAGUGGUCCAUGGCCCGGGUGCUCCGGGACCCCACGCUAAGGCUGCCGUUGGUGUUGGUCUGCGCCAUGCAAGCAGGACAGCAGACAAGUGGGAUCAAUGCUGUAUUCUACUACUCAAUAACAAUAUUCAAGCAAGCGGGGCUCUCCGACCUCCAAGCUCAGUAUGCAACCAUCGGCUGCGGCUCCAUCAACGUCUGCACCGCUAUACUGAUGUUGUACCUGCUGCCGAGGGUUGGCAGGCGACCUCUGUUGCUGGGUUCGAUUCUCGCUGCGACAUUGAUAUUGGCCGCCCUUGCUGCUUCCAUGAAGUUUAUAGACGCGAUGUGGUGGAUGCCGUACGUGUGCAUGGCGGCCGUGCUGGCGUAUGUUCUAGUCUAUGGGGUCGGCCUCGGGCCCAUUCCCUACUUUAUAGCGUCAGAGAUGUUCGAGGUGGCGCCGCGCGGCGCGGGCAUGGCGUGGGGGUCGCUGGCCAACUGGGGCGGGAACUUCCUCGUGGGGAUGACCUUCCCCAGCGUCCGCGCCGCGCUCGGCGCCUACUCCUUCCUCGUCUUCUCCGCCUUCACUGCUGCUCUCUUCGUCUUACAGAGGAUAUACUUCCCAGAGACUCGCGGCAAGACCCCGCCGCAGGUGUCGCAGCUCUGCAGCCGCGGGUUCAAGUCGCGGCCGCGCGUGUGACGUCACGAGCGGGGGCGCGCCCGCACUCAUUGUUGUAUUGUUUUACACAGAUCAAUUUUUUAUUUUUUACAGAGGCCCGGAUUAAACUUUACGUUGACAACUUCAAGUAAAUCCCAACUAAAAUUAUAAGUGAAAGUAAGUUUGUUCGUUACCUCUUCACGCAUUAUCUACUGGAUCGAUUGUUGUGAUUUUUGGUACAACCUGGAAUAACAUAUAGGGUACUUUUUAUCCCGAAAUUCCCACGGGAGCGAAGCUCGGGGCGCAGCUAGUAUAUAAUAAAUUAUUUGGACAGAUCAUAUAGAUUGUGUUAGACUUGUGUUAUGGGAUACUAACUCAACGCCCCUUUAUAUAUUGGCAUAUGGAUGACAAACAUUUUAAAACUAAAUUUAAAUAAUGAGAUGAAAAAAAAAUACAAAAUUCCAUGAUACUAUGAGAGGGCUGACAGCGAGCUACCGCCAAUUUGUUGUCAAUGUAAAGUAUGUCUAAACCCGACGUUAUAAAGCUCACAUUUCAAUGAACAUAAUUUUGCCGUGGUGAGCGUUGUCGUUUGAAUCGAUUACGGCCUAAUAAUCGACUCGACGACAUCGGUUUUGACAUUUAAAAGUAUCAUAUUUACCUUAUGACAAAGUGUUUUAUAACCAUAGUUCUUUAUGUACUAAUUCCCGAAUUAAUUCCACAAUGUUACGUAAAUGGAAUCUCGCCAACAUAAAAAUUUUAGGCUCUGAAAAGUAUAAUUUUAAAUCGUAAAAAACUAUUGUUAGUCCAGUGGUAAACAAAGUAUGAAUAAGUGUGGCGCGUACAGCGUGUUUGCCCUUCACAAUCAACAAAAGUAUGUCAACAUUCAACAAAAUCUUCUAAACAAAAACAUAGUUUCACUAAAAAUAUUUGUUCGCAUCAACAGUGUUUCCGCUCUCCGUGCCUGGACCAAAUACCACGGGUCGAGGUUCAAGAUACAGUCAUAUCAUUUUCCAUUUUUCCAUUUUUGUAAGCACGUGAUACAUGUUUCAGAAGCUAUGUGCGUCCGUUUGUAUUAUUAUUGUGAAUCUUUCCAAAAAACUUUCGCUAAAACAUGAGAUUUAAAAUAAUAAAAAACACCCAUUGCAAGUGCGCAUGUCAAACUCCUUUUAUUCUGCUGCCCUCUGGUGGGAUAACAUCGCAAUAAUAUUCCUUAUAUAAGUAGAAUCUUCGUUGUAAACGGGUUCUUCAAUGAGGGCGCCACUGGGCUCAAAUGGCUAUGAAUUACUCUAGAUUUGUUAUUCGGUCCGGCCAUAAACUAUGAAUUUAUUAUUUUGUUGAAUUACUUAUUUAGUUAUUGUAUCGUGUUACUUUUUAUUGCUUAGUUUUUAAAGACGGGAGCAAAGCUCGUUAACAAUACUAGGUUUAGAAAUGAAAAAAAAAAUCUGUAGUAAAUGUGUCUUUUCAAAUUUACCAGGAAAUUGAUUGAUAUUUUCAAUGUGAUCCAUUUUAUAGUUUUACUCUUCGAUCGUAACUACAAGAUAUAUAUAUAUAUAUAUAUAUAUAUAUAUAUA